AUCAACUUCAAAAAAAAAAAAAAAUGAGGUUGAAUUUUCUUUGUACGGAAAAACUAAAGCAUUGCAAAUUCCCCCAAAAAAACAAAAGGGUAAAGCAUUUUGGACUUCUAUCUUAUCCCUCUAGAUUCCAACAUGUUCAAGUGAAUUUUCUCCGAUUCUAACACAAUCCCUCGCCCCAUGGAAGGCGGUUGCUUAUAUUUCCGAAGGGGAACAAUGUGGACCAUUUAUCGAUCUAUUUAGAUUCUGCAAGUUCAGUAACUUUGCCAUCUGGGUGGAGCAAAUUCGCGCAAUUCAGCUUAUCUGUGAUCAAUCAAAUUGAUAACAAUUCCACAAAGAAGCAAGACUUUAAACACCGGUUCAAUGCACGAGAAAGAGAUUGGGGUGGGCUUGAAUUAGUGCCUCUUAGUGAACUGUAUGACCCUGGUAGAGGUUAUCUUGUGAACGAUACAUGUGUUGUUGAAGCUGAUUUCCCUGGCUUCCGUUCAGUUGAACUUAAGGUUGAGGCGGCAAAGACUGCCUCAGGCAGAGAUGAAACUUCUAAUUCUUCAUCUCAAGGGGAUAUUGAUGGGAGGAUUAGACAGAAUGAUUCUGAUACUGAUACAACCCUGCCUCAGACUGAUACCUCGGGCCCUACUCCUGCCAGUAAAUCAGCAACUGAAGUGAUCAAGUCUUCGGUCCCACCAGCCACUCCAAUUGUUGAAAAGGAAUCAAUGGUUAAUUCCCCUCACGCCCAAGAUCCGGAAGUUGAGUUGCCAAGGAGUCUUCCAAUGGGUUCUCCUCUUGAGUCAUCUUCAUUUGAUGACAUGGAUGCCUAUACCUCCAAGUUGGUGUCUGUAGUAGAGACUGAUGCACAUUUUGACUCCACUACUGAAGGAUCGGUCGUCGCCUCCAUUCCUCAAUCAACUGUUGAUGAAGCCAAAAAAUUCUUUAUAAAGAUGUUAUCUCGGGACCUAUCAGAAAUUCCUGAUUUUGCCGCACACAUUACAGAAUCCAUCCGUGUCUUGUCAGAGUGUCAUGACCUCACUCCAGCCCAGCUUGCACAGCUGAAAUCCCUCAAGGUUGAGUUUCCAUCAGUUCUCAAAACUUUGACUUCCAACCAUUCUUUUAAGGAGGUCGAGGAAAAAAUAGCAGAAAAGCGAGGAACACAGAAGUGUUUGGUUGAGCAAGUCAAAAUUAAUGCAUUCGCGUUCCAAAUGCAGAGAGCUAUUCACAAGGACUUGAUCUCGGAGGAGGCAAAGCUUCAACAAGAGGUUGAGCGGCUGCAGGCUGAACUGGCUAAGAUUUCCGAGAAGAAGAAAAGUGCUGGGAAAGAGAUGAAGCAACUGCAUGGGAAGAUGGUUAAUCUAGAACAGUCUAGGUCCUCUGUUCUUGAGGAGAUCUCAACCCUUGAGACCGAGAAGACCGUGGAGAGCUCUCUGUCAUGGGUCCAGCAAAUGUGGACUGAGCUUAGAGACACAUUCAUGAUACCAAACAAUUAAUCUCUUUUUAUUUGCAAGAUGAAAAACUUUUGUUAUAUUUCUCUCUAAGGGCCGGUUACAUUCUACCUUAAAUUUCAUGUUUUUGGAUAUUUUUUAACUUAUUUCUGGUCGGUUGGGUCAAUAUUCUUAUACUUUUAGUCCUGCAAUUCUACUUUAAAUUGCCCUUGUUUCUGGAUUAAUGAAUGUGAUUAUCCUUUUUACCUUA